AUGUCCCUCUGGUUGUUCCUCCCCCUUGUGGCUGCUGCCCCUACUUCCUCCUCUUCCUCCUCCUCCUCCUCUUCGUCCUGCGGCAAACCACUGACAGUGUAUAAUGCCUCCAUCACCCAUCUAGGCUGUUAUACAGACGCAACCGGCUCAACGCUGACAGGGAUCAACUCAGCGCCCGACAGCUUCGAUGCCCCGCAGUUCUGUGCCGACUGGUGUGGUGAACUGGGCUAUCAGUACAGCGGGGUGCAGACAUCUUAUCAAUGUUUCUGUGGCGAUGAGAUUGGCAGCUCUGCAGUCAAGGUGAAUGAAAGUCUCUGCGACUAUGCCUGUCCAGCCGACGCAUCAGCAACAUGUGGAGGAGAUUUAGUGAUGGACCUCUAUAAAGUGAACAAUGCAGCCGAUCUCCCCUCUCACAGCCUCCCCUUCACGGCUGCCUGCGAAUAUUCCCCCCUGUGCUCAACCGCCGUGUGUGACACUUCGCUAAGCAUCGCAGACCGGGUCAAAGCAUUGGUGUCUGCCAUGACAGUCGACGAAAAGGUGAACAACGUCAUUAGCGUGGCUGCCGGGGCGGCCCGUCUGGGGCUGCCGGCGUACGAAUGGUGGAGCGAGGCUCUCCACGGGGUUGCGGGGAGCCCCGGGGUGGGCUUCCGCGGGGUCAACGGCAGCGCCUUUAGCUACGCAACCAGCUUCCCCAUGCCGAUCCUGAUGGCUGCGGCGUUUGACAACCCCUUGAUCUCACGCGUGGCAGCCGUCAUCGGACGGGAGGCCCGCGCCUUUGCCAACCAGGGGUUCGCAGGGUUCGAUUUCUGGACGCCCAACAUCAACCCCUUCCGGGACCCCCGCUGGGGCCGGGGCGCCGAAACCCCAGGCGAAGACCCGUUCCAUAUCCAGGAAUACGUCAGGCAGUUGAUCCCGGGCCUCCAGGGGGACCAUGGCAACGCAGAGGUCAAGCAGAUCAUCGCGACGUGCAAGCAUUUCGCCGUGUACGACAUCGAGACGGACCGCGAGGGCAACAAUCUGGAUCCCACGCAGCAGGACCUGGGCGACUUCUAUCUGCCCUCUUUCAAGACGUGUGUGCGCGACGUGCACGUCGGCAGCGUGAUGUGCUCGUACAACGGGGUCGACGGCAUCCCCUCGUGCGCCAACGAGUAUCUGCUGCGGGACAUGCUGCGGGAGACGUACAACUUCACAGGCGAGUACAACUACGUGGUGGCCGACUGCGACGCCGUGGCGAACAUCUACAGCCCGCACAGCUUCACCGACAGCACCGCUGCUGCUGCUGCCGUGGCCCUCAACGCCGGCACCGAUCUGGACUGCGGCUAUACGUACCGCAACCUGACGCAGGCAUUGGCGGCGGAGAUGACCACGGAAGCGACUCUCGACCAGGCAUUGUCGCGCCUCUACUCUGCCUUGUUCACCGUGGGCUACUUUGACGGCGACUCGCCCUAUACCGGACUCGCGUGGAAGGACGUCAACACCGGCCAUGCGCAGGUGCUCGCCUACGAAGCCGCCGUGGAGGGGAUGACGCUCCUCAAGAACGACGGCCUGCUCCCUCUGAACACUGCCAAAUACCCUCGCCUCGCGGUGGUCGGCCCCUGGGCCAAUGCCACCACGCAGAUGCAGGGGAGCUACGAGGGCGUGGCGCCGUACCUGCACAGCCCGUUGACUGCGUUCUCUACAGCCUGGGAGACGGUGGAAUACGCUCUGGGAACGAACAUCACCGACACCAGUACCGCCGGGUUUGCCGCCGCCGUCGCCAUCGCCGAAGAGGCCGAUCUGGUGCUGUACCUGGGGGGCAUCGACCAGACUGUCGAGGGAGAGGGCUGGGACCGGUCUUCGAUCGUCUGGCCGGGCAAUCAGUUGGAUCUUGUCUCCGCGCUGGCGGACACGGGGAAGCCCUUGGUGGUGGUGCAGUUUGGCGGCGGGCAGAUCGACGAUACGGCCUUGCUCGCCAACGACUCGGUCAACGCCCUCGUUUGGGCCGGGUAUCCCGGGCAGGACGGGGGAUACGCCCUGCUGGACGUGUUGACGGGCAAGAAAUCCAUCGCCGGACGGCUCCCCGUCACGCAGUAUCCAGCCAAAUACGUCGACCAGGUCAGUCUGUACGAUAUGAACCUGCGGCCCAAUGCGUCGGCGUCGUUCCCAGGCAGGACGUAUAAAUGGUACACGGGCGAUGCGGUGGUUCCCUUUGGGUUCGGGCUUCACUAUACCGAUUUUGCAUUCGAGUGGGCGUCAACGUUGAAGAGAGAGUACCAGAUUGCCGAUCUUCUCAAGCAUACAGCAGAAGCAUCGUAUACAGACCUCAUCUCCUUCGCUACUCUAUCGGCUAUCGUGGAAAACAUCGGCAGGGGAAAACAAGGUAUGGCCUCCGACUAUGUCGGUCUGCUCUUCCUCUCCACCACCAACGCCGGACCAGCUCCGUACGCCAAAAGGGAACUUGUCGCCUUUGACAGAGCCCAUUCCAUCCCCGUUCACGGACGGGACACGCUCGUCUUCAACGUGAGUCUCGGCUCGUUGGCGCGCACCGAUGUCACCGGCGAUCUUGUCCUGUAUCCGGGUGAUUACACCCUCACGCUCGAUAUUGAUGCCAGAUUGAGCAUGGAGUUUUCGCUCAAAGGGGAGGCCACCGUCAUUGAGACUCUGCCCCGACAGAGGGAGCAGACCUUUACAGUCCCGGUGCAUAUCCAGGCAGCGAGUACUUAA